AUGUCCCAGGCAGACAUAAUCUAUGCCUACCGGCGCCUGUACAGGGCGGGGCUGCAGGCGGUCAUGUACUCGCAGCCGGCGCGGACCGUGGUGCGGGACAAGCUCCGGGAGGCGUUCCGCGACAAGAGCCGAGCCCACCUCUUCGACCGGAACAAGGCCCUGCAGACAGUAAACUUUCUCCGGUCGGCGGCGCGGGAGCGCGGGCUGGCGCACCGCAUCGUCCGGGGCAUGGUCUUUGUGGCGUGGCACCGGCGGCGGAAGGAGCAGCUCCCAUUCCACAUGCUCAAGCUGAAGAAGCCCCAAGAUCACAUCGAAAAGACGGCCUAUGUCCACUACGACAGGACGAUCGACAUGCUCAACCGAACCAUGGGCUUGUGCCUGAGGUAG